GAGCGCAUUCACAGGUAUGGUAAUCAGUAAUUUUUACUAAAAAUUCAAUUAUAUUUCGGUUAUUAGCGUAGAAAUAAGCUGCUUGUAAAUAGAGGCUGUAAAUAUAAUUAUAGCAAGUAAAGAUGAGUUUGGGUGCACGCGCCACCAAGGGUGGUGCGAAGGCAGGCAAGGAGGGCAAGCACGCGCCAGAGAAAGGCAAGGGCACAGACAAACCACAGCCCAAGGAGAAGGUCAAGCCACAGGCAACCACAGAACAGCUCCGGAUGGCUCACAUGAUAGACCGUAAAAGCGAAGACGCUUCCGACGUCCGCAGAAUGGUCCUUGAGCUGAUGGAGAUGACGUGUCGCACGGAGGAGGAGGUGUGCUCGGCGCUGCACGACUCCGACAACGACAUGGUGGCCGCCUGCAACCUGCUGCUCGAGGAGAGCCCCAGGAUACAGGGCGAGUGGCAGACCAGCGAGAAAAAGAAAAAGAAACCACCCGCUGCCGGCAACGGGGAGCUCGAAACACGCGCGCGCGCGCCCAACAACAGACCUCGUCGCGGCGAAGGCGAAGGCGGUCGCGGGGGCGGCGCGGCGGGCGCGACCCGAGGCGGGCGCGGGGGCGUGGGCCGCGGCGGGGGCGCGGGCCGGGGGCGCGGGCGCGGCCGGGGGCGCGGCGCGGCGCGGGGGCAGCGCCCGCGGCCCGACCACGACACCUGGCCCGACACCGGGCCCGCAGGUGUGUACCGACCAGACUCCGGGCGCGGGCCCGCAGGCAACAACUUGGGCGACACGUUCCCCGCCACAGAAGACUGGGACAACGAGGAGUGGGCUGGAUCCAUAGAUAGCAAGGAGGAUUGGGACACGCCGGAGACCAACGGGCCGACGGAGAGCCAUAUUGGCACCUACACCUACCACAACACUCAUCACCACCACUCGCUCAUUGACGUAAGUACGCGGGAGUGA